AUUAUGUAAAAAUAUCUAUGUAAAAAUAUCUAAAGUGUGUAGAAGCUACCUAAGAAAAAAUCUAGGAGAAAAUAUCUUAGAAAAAUCUAGAUUAACCAAAGCUAGAAAUAUCUAGAGAGUUGUAAGACAUCUAUAAAUACCAUGACAUGUAACAUGUUGAGAUGAAUAAUAAAACACAACAAUCUCAUUCAUAUAAUACAAGUCUCCAUUUCACAAAAUCUUCAACAUCAAUAUUUCCUCCAAAAUUAUUCAAACCCACUACACUUCCGCACUAUCAAUUCCAACAUUUGGUAUCAAGAGCAAAGUUAAUCCAAAGCCUCCAACUUUCAUCCAACAUCCAAACUCCAUAUCAAUACAAACCCCACAUCAAUUCAAAUGGCCUCUCCUACUCCAAAUUCAAACACAAACACAAAUCUUUUUAAUCCCCAAGUUAAUUGGGUACCUUCAUUUAAGGGGGAGAAAUUUGAUCAAUGGAGUAUGCAAAUGAAAUCCAUCUUUAUAACCCAAGAUAUAUGGGAAAUUAUUGAAGAUGGAUAUGAGAAACCCAAAGAUGCUGAUGAAGAGGCUUCUUGGGAUGAUACUAAAAAAUCCCAAUACAAACAAAACAAAAGAAGGGAUCAUUAUGCCCUUUCCAUAAUUUAUCGUAGCGUAGAUGAAACAAUACUACCUACGAUCAUGGCCGCUACAACGGCAAAAGAAGCAUGGAAUAUCUUGGAGACAAAAUAUAGAGGCUCGGAAAAGGGUAUCAAUCAGACGAUGAAGUGCGACGGCCAAGUGGAAAUGUGGACUUGUCUGCCUUCAAGACUGCAGUUGAGGAUUGUAUGGAUUAUGAUGUUGAAACAGCUACGAAGGCUCUCAAAUCAAAUCAUUCAAAAAAGCCAACUGAUCUUGAUGUUGAAAAGUUUUCCGGUCUUCGAAUCCGGAAUCAAGUGAUUUCGUCAGCAGAGCUGAGCAACCAGUUUUCAGAUAUUCGAUUUGUCCGAUUGUCUACCAUAAAGAAUGUGAUUAAAGGGGACACUCUAUCAGGUAGUUGGGCAACUGUUGGCGUUUUAACCGAAAAGGGAAGUCCAAAGACAAGCUCUACUGGGAAGAGCUAUAGCAUAUGGAAGAUUGGGUGUUUGGAUGGGCAGCUUGUAACUGUUUUCUUGUUUGGUGAUGCUUACAAGCAGCACAGCAAAGAGACAGCUUCAACAGUUUUUGCCUUCUUCAAUGCCGGUGUUCGCAAAGAUUCUUCUGGUUCGGGUUUCCAAUUGAGUGUUUUUAAUGCAAAUCAAAUCUUGAAGAUUGGUACUUCUAUUGAUUAUGGAGUUUGCAUAGGACGAAGGAAAGAUGGUGUGCCUUGUUCAAUUGUAGUAAAUAAACGCCUUGGAAUAUACUGCAGCUUCCAUAGAGUGAAAACAUCAGAGAAAUACACUGUCCAACGUGGUGAGCUCAAAGGAGGGAAUCUAAGAACAGCUUUCAGGAAUCCACGUCAACCAGAAGGAGUUUAUAUGUUCGAUCCAAUGGCAGACAAAGCGAAUAGAAAAAAGUCUAAAUCUUCAAAGGUGUUGUCCGUUGACGGAUUAAAGAAAGCCUUGAGCAAUGCAGGUCAUGUGACGACAAAUUCACACUCUCAAGGGAUAAGAUUUCUCAAUGAAAUAACAGUCAGUAUGAGUGCAAAAACAGCAAAAAGUGAAAAUGCUCAGAAAAACCAAGCGAAGGGAGGCUCAAUGAAAAGGUCGCUGCCCUCAUCAAUUUCAGGCUCAUCUGUCACGCAAAAAAAUUCGCUACCAGAUUCAAAAAGAGUGAGACCAGAGCCAAGGAAGGUUUCAUCUCAGAAGCUCAAGGAGAAUACAUAUAAGAUGAUUGAAUUAGAUUAUGUCAGCUCAGAGGACGAUUGUUUUGUACUGUAAGCAAGCAAUGAGCACUAUGUACCCCGAUUAUGGUUGGCAUAAUAUACUCAUUGGAGUGGAAGCAUAGUCCAUUUUUGGCAUCUUAGUCUAAGGUUGACACCUGAAAGAAGUAAUCUAUUGUAAAAAUCUGAACUUCUGAAGGAACUUUUUGAAAUUAAAGUUUUGAAAUUUCGAAGGAUUGUAUGUGCCACACUUGGGUUACUAUUUGAAGAUAAAUGAAACUUUGAAAAGAUG